GAAUUCAACCUUGUAUUUUCCUUGUCGCUUUAUCCCCAUCAUGGUCAUGCAAACGGCCCCAACGCUAGAAGCCAUUCGAUACAAAAAGGGCUCUCUAGAGAUCUUGGACCAAUUGCUCCUUCCUUUUGCUACAGUGUUUGAGCAGGUCAAAGGUGUAGAAGAUGGGCAUAGAGUGAUCAAGACCAUGAAAGUCCGUGGAGCACCUGCCAUUGCCAUUGUGGCCGCACUCUCACUUGCAGUGGAACUCCACAGCACGGCACUUGUAGGCAAACUAUCCACAGCACCCUCCAUCCAAGAAUUCGUCCACUCCAAACUAGAGUAUCUCAAGACCUCUCGACCGACUGCCGUAAACCUCUUUGAAGCCGCUGGACGACUGGACGGUUUAGUCGCCCGUGCUGCUACUGUAGCAAAUGCUACCGCUCAGAGUGUCGCGAGCGCCUACAUUGAUGCUGCGGAAGCCAUGUUGCAAAAGGAUAUUGAGGAUAAUCAUAAUAUUGGGCGAUUUGGGACUGAGUACGUGUUGAAACAUAAACCGCAGACGCAAGCAGAGGUUCAAGUCUUGACGCACUGCAAUACGGGGAGUCUGGCGACAGCAGGAUGGGGCACCGCACUAGGCAUCAUCCGUGACUUGCACGCCAGCGGAAAUCUUGCUCAUGCUUAUUGCACCGAAACCAGACCGUAUAACCAAGGCUCUCGUCUCACGGCGUAUGAACUUGUCUACGAAAACAUACCAGCUACCCUCAUCUGCGAUGACAUGGCAUCGGCCCUCUUGGCACGAAAACCCAUCACAGCCAUCAUUGUUGGUGCAGAUCGUGUUGCAGCAAACGGUGACACGGCCAACAAAAUCGGGACAUACCAACUCGCCAUUACAGCUCAAUACCAUAACGUUCUCUUUAUUGUCGCUGCUCCUUCCACAUCCAUUGAUCUUUUGACUGCAUCUGGCAAGGAUAUUCCUAUUGAGGAACGCGCUGCUGUUGAAGUGGUCCAAAUUCGUGGUCCGUCUGUGCAAGAGAAUGCGUCUACCACUGUCCAGAUUGCUGCACCGGGUAUUGGAGUGUGGAAUCCGGCGUUUGAUGUUACACCUGCUAGCUUGAUAUCGGCGAUUGUUACCGAAAAGGGUGUAUGUGUCAAGAAACCUGGCAGUGACGUAUUUGAUUUGAAAGACUUUUUGUCAUAGAUAUUGGGUAAGAAAUUUACAUUACGUAGAUGGGAGCUAGUCCUGUUUUGCGGUACUUAGCAUUAUGUAUUUUGUUGCGAGAUGAACAUAUAUGUACAAGCAUGCUGUUUCUAGCGUAUAUCUACAAAUUACGAGAAUAGCUUUUCCAAAUUAUGUACAGUCCUUGAG